ACAUCCGGCUAGAACGAACGCGCUGAAAGGAAAAAGCAAUCUUUCUUGAGCUAGAGUUUCGUAAACCAUCCGAGUUUUUCCCCACCAAAAUGUCUCAACUAGAGCUGUUCAGGGAUUUUGUCACUGAGCGAUUAACAACGGCAGCUUUGGAGAUAUUUAGGGCAGCUGAAAAAUCGUUUGCUGAUUUCGAAGGGGAGAUUUCUCGUUCAAAGGAGGAGAGUGCGCGACUGCAACGGUUGUUGGACAUUGUUACUCAACCCGAAACCAAGCUUCAACGAACAGAUGUGCAUCAGUUCUCUCUCCCGGAGCCCCCACAGAUAAUGAAGGAACACAAGCUGUGGAUCAGUCAGGAUGAAGAGCAGCUCCAAGGACUGCAGUCUGAAACUACACACUCCAUGUUCACUUCUCCCAGUGUGAAACACGACUGGGAUCAUGAGGACUUUUCUGAAUGUUCACAUCUUGACCAAACUGUUAAAGUAGAGAACAGAGAAGGACAUUCUUUACCCAGCAACACAACUGAGGAGCAAAUAAAAACAGAGCCUCAUGUACAAGUAUAUACAGCAUCAGAACUGGACAGUGACUCUCAGCCCCUCUCUGUUGUAGUUCCAGACUGUCCUACAGCUCAGAGUUUGGAGGAGGAAGAACAUGAAGGAGUGCAGCUUUUUCUGAACAGAACACAAACUAAUGAAGCUCUGCCAAGGGAACAUAUGCCUCAGAGAUGUCACACAGGAAAAACAGUACAUCAGUGUCAACAAUGUAACAAAACUUUUAGUAGAAAAGGUGCUUUGGUUUUUCAUAUAAGGACACACACAGUAAAGAAAUCUUAUCAAUGUCAACAAUGUAACAAACGUUUUUCUCAAAGUGGUUCUCUGUUAAAACACAUAAGGACACACACAGGAGAGAAACCUUAUCAAUGUCAGGAAUGUAACAAACUAUUUGCUCGAAGUGAUACUCUCGUUGGACACAUGAAGACACACACAGGAGAGAAACCAUUUCAGUGUCAACAAUGUAACAAACGGUUUAGUAAGAAGGGUAAUCUGGUUGUGCACAUGAGGACACACACAGGAGAGAAACCUUAUCAAUGUCAGGAAUGUAGCAAACCCUUUCCUCAAAGUGGGUCUCUGUAUAAACACAUGAGGACACACAGGAGAGAAACUGUAUCUAUGUCAACAAUGUAACAUCUUUUUCUUGGAGGUAGAGUCCUAUAAGAAGCAAGUACAAAUAUACCUGGGAUAUCUUUUAGUUACCUGGCUUCACUAAGCCUAACCAGGGUUUUUCAUACCCCAGAAUGGGCCUUAGAGUGACUGCGCCUGACAGUAAGCAUGAUCCAUCUGCGAACAGUAAAGGUCACCUUACAACAUUAACAUCUAUGCAUUUUUUUUUUCUGACCAUAUUAUUAACAAAAAUGUGUUCUUUCUUGAAUAAACAAAACCCCAUUAAUAAAACUAGUUUUAAAAGUAUUUUAUUACAUUGGAAAGAUGGAGGGGAGUGAGUUUGAGGUUGAUGGAUGUCUUUGUCCAUGAUGCUGAUGUGCUCAACUCCAUGGCGGGGAAGGAUAUAAGGUGAGCAUCAUCACACUGCUAAUCAAACACACCUCAAACCAUGUGCUCUGUUGUACUGUAGUGUUUGUGUUUGCUUGUGUUAUGGAAUUUUUAAGAGAGUGAAUCAUAACACCGAAAUGGAUGAAUGGGUCAGAUGGCUGAGCGGUUAGGGAGUUGGGCUAUUAAUCAGAAGGUUGUU